UCUUUCAUUCAGCCAGGCCCAAACCAGCGAAAGAGAGAGAAGACCCCCCUCUCUCUUUCUGAUCUCUCCAGAAGGCGAUCACCUCUUCUGAAUCCCACCGGGGAAACUUCUGGAGGCCUGACCACAGCUUUAAUACCAGGAGAGACUGCCAGGUUGGAGGAAGAUAUUUUAAUAAGAAACCGACAGACUGUAGAGUGAAGAAGAAGUCACACAAACCAACAGGCCAACAUGGCAUUGCUGUGCUACAACAAAGGCUGUGGACUGAAGUUUGACGCUGACAAGAACAAGGCUGAUUCCUGCCUCUUCCAUCCAGGUGUCCCCAUCUUCCACGAUGCUCUGAAGGGUUGGUCCUGCUGUAAGAAAAGGACAACAGACUUCUCAGAGUUUCUCUCCAUCAAGGGCUGCACACGUGGGCGCCACAGCAACGAGAAGCCCCAGGAGCCUUUGCGGCCAGAGGUGUCAUCAGAUAAGGGCGAGAUCAAACACACCAAUGACCAAGAGAUAAUCUACCAAGGACCCAAAUCUGCUGAGAAACUGCAGAAAGAGAGACCCAGUUCAGACAAGCCCAAAAUCAAGCUGCCCCACAAAGUGUCUGCAUCGCUGGCUCAGGUGCUGGAGACACUGGACAUCAGCAAGAGAGCUGAGAAAGAAUUGAAAGAGAGUCAGACAGUCAUGCCCGGGACCCGAUGCAAGAACACAGGAUGCAAAACAGUCUAUCAAGGCCCAGAGACAGACAUGGAGGUCUGCACCCACCACCCCGGAGCUCCCGUCUUCCACGAGGGGUAUAAGUACUGGAGCUGCUGCUGCAUAAAGACAGUAGAUUUCAACGCUUUCCUUGACCAGAAGGGCUGCUCCACAGGGAAACACUGCUGGAUCCCAAAGCAGGACAAGAAGAAGGUGGCGUGUCGACAUGACUGGCACCAGACGGGAAAUAAUGUUGUUGUAACGAUUUACGCCAAGAAAGCAAACCCGGAACUUUCCUUCAUAGAGGCCAACCAGACAGUGCUCUCAUGUCAAAUCCAGUUUGAGGACAAUAAGAUUUUCAAGAGAGACUUCCACCUCUGGGGCGUGAUCAAUGUCAAGCAGAGCUCGGUCUACAUGGUCCCAUCCAAAGUGGAGAUCACUCUCCGCAAGGCCGACCAGGUGGCCUGGGGCAAGCUGGAGGACCCCAACUACAAACCUGAGCCCGAGCCCGUAGAGGACACCGAAACCACAGCAUUAUAUCAGCCUGAAUGGGACAUUGACGACGACGACAUCAGCGACUCGGACGAGGAUUGGGCCUACAGCACGUCAGAGAAUAAAACGCAGGAGGUGAAGGACAAAGACGAGCAGAAGAAGAAAGAGGAAGAGAUGCAGAAUUUAAAGAGGAAGGAGGUGGAGGAGGAGAUGAAGAGGGCGAUGGAAGAGAGGAAGAGGGCAGAGGAGGAGAGGAAGAAGCUGGAGGAGCAGAGAAGGCAGGAGGAAGACGGAGCAUACGAAGACAUGCCAAAUCUUGAGUAACUCCUCAGAAAAACAAGGUGAAGAUUGGGUCUGAUUUGCAUUAGCAAAGGUAGAAAAAAGUUUAAUUGAAAGAGAUUUUUGUAAUUAAGCAAAUGAAGUGUUUAUUUCUGAAAUAACUAGAUUCCAAAUUGUUUUGAAGCUACAAAUCCAAAUGAAAUGUGGUACUUUCUAAGUUCGGGGGAAAUUUAAGGGGUCGAUUCUCUUGAAGCAGUUAGUAACAAGUUGCUUGCAUUUUUGGUUGACAAACACACUGAAUCCUUUAUUUUAUAUUUAAUUAUAAUGCUUGAGGUUUUUUUUUCUUAAAAUAUAUAUACACACACACAACUGGAUGCAACUUCAAUACACGAAAUAAAGACUUUUCAAUGACUGUUUCAAAGGCUGUUUCAAAUCAACACAAAUGGCUGGAUCAAUGGUAUAAAGAGUAUUCAUCACACGUCACACUGCAUUUUAAGUAGAAAGAUUAAUGAUCCAUUUAAAGCAUCCACUGGUGUUUUAGGCUGCAGCUGUAAACAAAACACUUUAGCUUAUUAGUCAUGCUGAAAUUAUACUUCCAUGCAUGGUUUUCACUAAUAAGGCUAUUGUGCAUCUGCAAACAACCUACACUGUAUUACUCACUGACUAGCUUUACUACGGCCAAAGAAAGAUACAGUAUGUGGUGUGAUUGUUUAGAACAAGCAUGGUUAGUUCUUACAACCAAAGAUUGUAGUCUUAACACCUGAGUAUGCUUCAAAUAAAGUAUUUGUUGGAUCAUCUAAAAGGUUGAUUUAUACUUGAUGGAUUAACGGGAGUCUUGUGGUGUAGGUUUUGAUUUAUAGUUGAGUGUCUGAUUUCACCCAAUGGUCGUAGAGCCGCAACACUAGACAGAUGCAUAGUUCGUGAUCAGGCUGUAUCGUGUGUUAAUUAUAUUCCCCACUGUAACUGUUUUACUUUCUUUUACUUUGUGAUAGUGUGACGGUGGUCUACGCAUGCGCUUAUAGAACGGGAGUGACAUCCAGGUAACUUCUAUUUCGCCUUGUCUCAUUACUGAAUUGGAAACUUCUGCCAUGCAAUCGCUGCACGUUCAAUCAUUCAUUGUGACAGAUCGCGGUGAGAAGGUUAGAUCUGUGUUACUGAAAAAGUGAAGACGUCUGAGUCGUCAACUUUCCUAACUUUGUCUCGCUAUCCACUAACUUCUUGCUGUCCUCAUGCAGUACCUCUGUAGCCGUCGCAGCCCUUACGUAUAGUUACACUUUUUUUGAGAGGCUCACUUCAGCUACGACGGCUAUGUGCGUAUAAUAUCGAUAGCUACACCGUAACCCCUUAACGCGCACACAACUAUUUUGUCACUUUUCGCAUGUACAACUUAGUGCAGCACCAGGAACACCUUUGAGGAGAGGCUAUCUGAAAGCGCAAUUGUAUGAUUCAUCAAGUCGAGAUGACCAAGACCCGCAAAAUUCUCUUUGAGAGAGAUUGAAGAGGCAGUAGAAUGUCUCUGUGUGGCCAAUAAAUAACAGCUAUAAACACGUCUACCUGUAGACAUAGUCAGCUGUACAACCUAGUUCGUUUGAAGCGUAUUGAGGCCUUUACUUUUCUCUCCACCUGCAAGGUAAACAAAGACUGAACACACCAAAAAGAAAAGUAAGAUUUCAGCACUUAACACCUGCAAUUUACCGAACAUCAUUGAAUAAAAAGGUACAGUCACGUUACAUUUCCGUCCUGCAAAUAUUUGCUCCGUCUCCAGUUCACUUCUAUUGAAGACUAAUUCAAGCGUGCGUACCUUUGUUCAACUUUGCAUCAGUGUUUCUACUGGACAUCCACUAGGUCACUGUAUUUGGAAAUGAAGAUAUUGUAGUGCGUUUAAUCAUUAUAUUUAGUACAUUAUCACACUACUGUAGUGUUGCUGUGAUACACUGUUUAAGUAUGUAAUCAUUCAAUUUAAUAUCUAUUUUCAGGGCUGAGAGCGGGACACAGAAGUGUAUUGUGACCGUACCUUUAACAGUUUAAUAAUCGUCAACACAGCUUCACACUUCAAUAAUUCAUUUAAUCUCCAAAGGUUUGCGCUGACUUUGUCUUCGUUACACACUGCACACGAUAACACAAUAAAACACCUCGCAAUGUACAAGGUCGUGCAACAUCUAGUCUGGCUUCCAGCAUUGCGCACACAGUCUCAAUAUAUAGGCUGUUCAGAUCAGGGGGUGUGUUCACAAAUGUUGUCUAUGGAAUACUGUUGCAGAAACAUGGUGGGGUGUUUGUAAUCUGUGGGUUCAUUUCAGUUUCUCAGCUCAUUUUUCUUCUCAGUUCCAUGUAACUCCUUGAAGAGUUUCAGUCAAAAAAUUAACACUC